CCUCCUCCGCCCCCUCCCCGCCAGCCUUUUGCUCCUUCCCUUUCAUUAAACAAACAGGAGAUCCUGAAACCUGGACCCUGCGCAAGCGGCAGAGCCAGGAGGAGGCAGCGGAGGAGGCAGAGCGCGGGAUGGGCGCCCAGCGGGAUCUGUGAUCCCGCGCACCUCCGCUCCACGGGCGCGCGCACACACACUGACACACACAUACACACACUCGCACAAACACACACUCGUACACGCCCGCGCCGCGCGCUCGCCGGCUGGCUCUCCCACGCAGGCGGAAUGCAGCAGCGCGGGGAGAGCGUGUCUCCGGCCGCCGCCUGAAUGCACCUCGCCCCCGGGAGCCGGACGGCCCAGUAGGGCGCACGAGAGGACGCUCCGCUGCGGGAGCCUGGACGGUUUUAGACGGUGCAGUCUUGCUCUAUGGUGUGAGAAAUGGCUGUAGGAAACAACACUCAACGAAGUUAUUCCAUCAUCCCGUGUUUUAUAUUUGUUGAGCUUGUCAUCAUGGCUGGAACAGUGCUGCUUGCCUACUACUUCGAAUGCACUGACACUUUUCAGGUGCAUAUCCAAGGAUUCUUCUGUCAGGAUGGAGACUUAAUGAAGCCUUACCCAGGGACAGAGGAAGAAAGCUUCAUCACCCCUCUGGUGCUCUAUUGUGUGCUGGCUGCCACCCCAACUGCUAUUAUUUUUAUUGGUGAGAUAUCCAUGUAUUUCAUAAAAUCAACAAGAGAAUCCCUGAUUGCUCAGGAGAAAACAAUUCUGACCGGAGAAUGCUGUUACCUGAACCCCUUACUUCGAAGGAUCAUAAGGUUCACAGGGGUGUUUGCAUUUGGACUUUUUGCUACUGACAUUUUUGUAAAUGCCGGACAAGUGGUCACUGGGCAUUUAACACCAUACUUCCUGACUGUGUGCAAGCCCAACUACACCAGUACAGACUGCCAAGCGCACCACCAGUUUAUAAACAAUGGGAACAUUUGUACUGGGGACCUGGAAGUGAUAGAAAAGGCUCGGAGAUCAUUUCCCUCCAAACACGCUGCUCUGAGCAUUUACUCCGCCUUAUAUGCCACGAUGUACAUCACAAGCACAAUCAAGACGAAGAGCAGUCGACUGGCCAAGCCAGUGCUGUGCCUCGGGACUCUCUGCACGGCUUUCCUGACAGGCCUCAACCGGGUCUCCGAGUAUCGGAACCACUGCUCGGACGUGAUUGCUGGCUUCAUCCUGGGCACGGCAGUGGCCCUGUUUCUGGGAAUGUGUGUGGUUCAUAACUUUAAAGGAGCACAAGGAUCUCCUUCCAAACCCAAACCUGAGGAUCCCCGUGGAGUACCCCUAAUGGCUUUCCCAAGGAUAGAAAGCCCUCUGGAAACCUUAAGUGCACAGAAUCACUCUGCCUCCAUGACCGAAGUUACCUGAGAUGACUGAUGUGGCACAACCAUUUUUUAAAAUCACCUUCCAAUUCUAUACUUCAAAACACAGUUGCUCAAUGUCAGCCUGUGAUGACAAAUAUUACGUUUAUCUAGUUAGAAGCUAAUGUUUUGUACAUUUUUUUGUAUGAGGAAGUGAUGUAGCUUGCCCUGAUUUUUUUUUUUUUUUUUUUUGCUCAGCUUUAAUAUAUUUAUGCCAGAAUUUUAAAACCAACAAAAUUUUCUUGUUCAAGCGUGCAUCGAAGAACCACAUUUAUUCAAUGGUUGAUGUUGUUUUGUGAUAUUUGUACACAAAUCUUCUUUUCUCAGUUUUAUAAACACAGAAGUAAAUAUAACAGCUCACUUUAAACUUUUAUUACUAUAGUUUCUGCCUCCUUCAGAAUUUUUGAAUUUUAAUGAAAGGCCAACUUUUGAGCUACAGGAAGGGCAAUGUUGGUUAGUAACAAAUCUUAAAGUCAAUUGUAGAAAAAAAAUUGUUUUUAAAAAGAAUGUUGCAUUCUGAUCUUUUAACAAGUUGUUUCAUUCACCGUGUAAAGUAAUAUAUUAACAAAGUCACCAGUUACACAAAAAAUUGUGAGAAUCCUGGAUUUGGAGGGUAUUUGGAGUUGUAUGAUUCUUUCCUAGAUAAUGGCCUCUACUAAAAAACUCAAGAUCUUUCUGGAAUGUCCUUUGGCAGGCAGGUGUCACUGCCACCUUUUUUCCAAAAAGCAGCCGACAUCAGCCUUCCCUGUCAACUCAACAGUUUUGUAUAUCAUAUUGUAUGGACUUUAUAUGAAAAUGAGUAUUUUACAGUUUGCACAGUGUUAUUUGACAGAAAGGGAAUCAGAGAAUCUACAACAUAGGGCCCCAAAACAACAGCUUCACUUUGUGGCUUUUAAUUAUUCUAGAAUUUUAACUGCAUCUCAUUUUUCUAGCAUGGUGGUAACUAAUAUGUAACUCCUUUGAGAGAGGGAGCUCUUGUCUGUACCUAUCAGAAUGUUUUCUUGACACUUCCAUAUUGGCUCUUCUUAGCUUUUUUUGUACAUAUUUUUUUUUUCUAAAGAGAAGAAAACGUUAUCACAAAAUGUA